UGCCAACCGGUCAGACCACCACUAUAGGCAUUCGAGCAACCCCACCUGGCAGGCCUCAGUGAGCACUGGGCACUGGGACUAUGAAGGGGACCUGGAUGGUGCUGUUGGUACUGGUAUUGGCCACCUGCGGGGAGCUUGCUAUGGCCUUGAAGUGCUAUACCUGCCAGGAUCCCGUGAGCGCAUCCAACUGUGUCACCAUCACCGCCUGCCACACCAGCGAAACCAUGUGCAAGACCACGCUCUACUCCCGGGAGAUUGUGUUCCCUUUCUUGGGGGACUCCACGGUGACCAAGUCCUGUGCCAGCAAGUGUGAACCCUCAGACGUGGAUGGCAUUGGCCUAACCCGGCCAGUGUCCUGCUGCAAUUCCGAUCUAUGCAACGUGGAUGGAGCACCCACCCUGUACAGUCCUGGUGGCCUGGUCCUUGCCCUGGCACUUACCUUUCUCUUGGAACUCCUGCUGUAAAACCACGGCCAUCUGGCUCUACCCCCUUAACCUUGACAGCCCCAUUCCCUGAUGCCUUAAAGAAGUACAAUGGCCAAUCACAUCAGCCUCUUGAGUCUCCUUUCUGCGUACCGACCUGCCUUCCUACGUCUGACUUCAUCUCCAUCCUUGUUAUUCUCUCCUGUAUCCUAAAGUUUAAAUUGUAAGCAAAGACAGUCAACAGGCCUGGAGCACCCAUGCAGAUCAGGUGAUUGCUAUCUUCUAGGUCUUAGGGCUUGAGGGGAGCUUAACAAGUGGGCAGAGGC